AUGACGAGGAUUCCUCUAUGUACAAGAAAUGUUGGGGACUUCUGGGUCUGGAACUUCGAAAGAAGCGGUAAUUUGUCGGUUCGAUGUCAGGGCCAAGAGAAACAUGACAACGUGCCGGCCGCGCUGCUCUGGGCGGCCAGCGCCUGCGGCUACAUGGGUUACCGCAACUUCCGCCUUCUCAUCGACCAGGGCAUCAUUCCCCUCAAAGAUGAAGAGCAACUGACAAACGGGUUCAUGGACAUGCCGGUGGACUGGGCGCUUGGGAUGAGCAAGCACAUGCGGCUGAAAGACUUCCCAACCAUUCUCCGCAUGACAGACCGCGACGACAUCGCGCUGAACUUCAAGCUACACCAUAGGGAGCGUGCGGAGGCCGCGGAUGCGGUCAUCAUCAACACAAUGGACGAGCUCGAGCAGCCAGCGCUCGACGCGAUGCGCGCCAUCAUACCGGCCAUCUACACCAUCGGUCCGCUCAACUCCCUCACCGGCCAAAUCGUCCCCUGCAUGGACCCCCUGCACAAGGUAGGCUCCAGCCUCCGGAAAGAAGACCACAUCUGCGUGCAGUGGCUCGACGGCAGGAAGCCCCGUUCCAUGGUGUACAUGAACUUCGGGAGUGUAACUAUCAUGAGCAAUCAUGAGCUGGUGGAGUUCGCGUGGGGGCUGGCCAACAGCGGCCAGAACUUCCUCUGGAUCAUUAGGCCGUACAUCGUGAAGAGCGAGGCCGCGGUGCUGCCCCCUAAGUUCUUGGAGGCCACCAAAGACAGGGGACUCCUGGCGAGCUGGUGCGACCAAGAGGCGGUGUUGAGGCACGAUGCCCUAUGUGUGUUCCUGACGCACUACAGGUGGAACUCGACGAUGGAGGGCCUCUGCGGUGGCGUACCGAUGCUGUGUUGGCCGUUCUUCGCCGAGCAGCAGACCAACUGCCUAUACAAGUGCCUCGAGUGGGGGGUGGGCAUGGAGAUCGGUGACGACGUGCGGCGGGAGGUGGUCAACGAGAGGAUCAAGGAGGCGGUGGGUGGGGAGAAGGGUAGGGAGAUGAAGAAGAGAGCGGCAGAGUGGAGGGAGGUAGCUAUUAGAUCCAAGGUGACAUCGUUGAAUAAUCUUGACUCACUCAUCAAUGAUGUGUUACUAUCCGGUAAAAAGACAGUUAGCAGUUCUUCUUAAGUACCAAAGGUGAUGGGAUAGUUUGGAACGUCACAAGUAAUGCCCACAGCGUUUUGUAUGGACCUUUGUAGAUAUGGAUUG